UUGGCCCAUAGUCCCAUACUCUGCUUUGUAGCUGCGGUUGGAUAACGCAUCUUGUCAAGACCGAUUCGCCACUACAGUCUACAAUUUCAUUUUCUAUUAGACUCUUAUCUUGUCCCAAUUGGAUAUGACAUCCAUUUACCAUUCUUGCCACUUGCCAUUAAUUAAAUAAUUAAAUUUUGUUCUUUCAGAAACGAAGGGAAUAUCUCAAUAUCCACAUCUUAUAGACGUCAGAAGGUAGACCGAAGAUUUGUUAUGACGUGGAGGACCACCCUCUUUUUUUCGGUCAUGGUGGAGGACCACUUAUCAGUCUCUUGACUCUCUUCCAUUCCACUUAAUAUAGUUUUUGGGCCUGGGGAGGGCACCAGGUCGGUGAUCCAGUAGAAGAUGGUAAAGAGGCCCAAUUGUAAUAUGGAUUGAGAGAAUGGCGCGCCGCAGCUUUCAAAAAGUUGAAAAGCGCGGCGAGGCCCGCUUUCUUCCCGCCUGAGAAUUUGGGGCGUGUCUGAGCUCCCAUGAUGAAUAACAUACUCUCACUCUCUCACUACACUGCAGCCUGCAAUUCCAAUUUUUUAGUUGAGGAAACAUGUAAUAGAAUCCUCCUUCCUCUCACUACCCGAACCAAAUUUUGAGGGUUUCAAGAUUCAACACACCAGAUCACCGAUUCGCUUCAGAUUCAUGGUAACCGAAGAGAAUUUCAGCGACAGGGUUCUCAAUUUCAACACCCGUCCUGCACUCUCCGAUGUCACCAACCGCCCCUCCAAGAGGCCCUUUUCUUCCAUCUCCGGCGACUCCCCUCGCAAAACCACAAGCGAUGGGGAUUCCCACUUCGCCAAAAAGAAGUUCCACUUUCAAUUAGGUGCGAAAUUGAGCACGCAGUUCAGCGAUAACGACAAGCUUCAGUUCCCAGAAAAGGGGAAAAACCCUUCCCUCAGUUUCCUCUUCUGCGAUGCCGUCUCUGACGCCUCGUUACGGACACUCUCAUCUCAAACAUCGGAUCCACAGACCAACAAUUUACCGGAGGAACAGAAUUUCUUCGGUGGCGCCGGUGUGACUUCUUUGGGGUUAGGAAACGACGUUCAAGAUAGAAACCCUAGCGGUGUUCCGGAAGGAAUACCCAUAACUGAAGGGUUCAGCAACCGCGUCAUUCAAAAUGACGACACAGAAGUUUGUGUUGAUAAAUUAGCGUCAUCCAAAUCUGUUGCGGUGGAACCGCCGGUGAUCUCUGCUUCCCACGAUUUUGGAUUUCCAGGGCUAGAACGGUGUUCGGCUCUCAAGGGGGUUAGUGGCGCAAACCCGUCUGUUGAUAGCGUCGACCUUCUGAAACAAUGCACUUGUUCCUUUUGCUCCAAAGCUGCUUAUAUCUGGUCGGAUCUCCAUUAUCAAGAUGUGAAGGGCAGACUAAGCGCUCUGAAGAAGAGUCAGAAAGAGGCAAGCACAACGCUUCAGAGGUUUUCUGACUUAAAGGAGAAAUUGGUGCAUGAUCCACAGAGCAGCACAGAGUCAUCCAAAUUAGAAUUGACCCUUAUGGAGCAGUGGAAGUCACUCUUUGUUCAUAUGGGCAACACAUUUGCUCAAGAAACUAAACAGCUUGAAUCAAAAUUUGAAGAACUGAGAGAUUUGAGAGAGAGCUGCAAGAGUAGCCUUGAUUCGACUGACAAUAGCAAUUCUGACAAUCAUUAGUAUUAUAAUGCUUUUGUGAUUGCAAUAUUUCUUCUUGCAGUUUAAUAGUCUCAAUUUUCAAUUAAUAUGCAUGUGAUUGUGGCUUUUAUGGAGAUUUGGUGUCUUUGUAAUACCUCCAAAGAAUCUGUAUAUUUUUUUUUUGUAUCACUUUUCCCAUUGAUUCUACUAUGAGGAGAAUCAAUCUAUUUUGGAGGAUUACUUCCUGUUUAAAUUGUUAUCCAUUAUACUGUUUGGUGUUGGUUUGAAUGGAUUGUUAGGAAGGUCUUUACAGGUGCUGCUUCAUAGUCUGUUCCUUAAAUGAGAUUGCAUCUUGUAUAAGAAGCUUGAUUAGUUAGUUGUCUUAGCAAUUAUCUGUUUAAGCUGCACAUCGCAUGGGAUUUAUAUACGGUUAUUACAAUGUCCUUACUGCUUGGAUUAUCAUCUGCCUAUGUUGUAAUGUUGUAUCAACGAUAGAGGCUAAGUAAGAGAUUACUUGCACCCAAUGUAUACGGUUCGCUGCAACAGGACGGCAGUUACAAUUUAGUGAUGUGGGUUUCACACCACCUUUUUUAGGUUGGUUCUCCUUUUGGACCUUGGGACCUUUGAAAUAUA